CUGUUCAUCAUGGCGCUGGCCUUUGCGUACUUCUCCAAGGCGCUGGCCGGGUCCUACAUGAAGAGCACCAUCACUCAGAUAGAGAGGCGCUUCGAGCUGUCGACCACCCACGUAGGGAUGGUGGACGGCAGCUUCGAGAUGGGCAACCUGCUGUUUCUGGUCCUGGUCAGCCAUUUUGGCGCCAGGCUGCACCGGCCGCGGCUCAUCGGGGUGGGCUGCCUCCUGAUGGCCGCCGGCUCCUUCCUCACCGGACUGCCGCACUUCUUCAUGGGCAGCUACACGUACGACACGGCGGUCCACAGCUCCCUCAGCGACAACGGCAGCAUCGCUGCGUGCGUGGACGCCCCGGAGCUGGACCCGGGUCCGACGCUAGCGGACAGCACGGCGUGUGUGAAGGACCCCAGCUCCCACAUGUGGAUCUACGUGCUGCUGGGCAACGCUCUGAGGGGCCUUGGGGAGACCCCCGUCACUCCGCUGGGGAUCUCCUACAUCGACGACUACGCCCGGGCCGAAAACUCCCCCUUCUACAUCGCGUGCGUGCACACCAUCAGCCUCCUGGGGCCCGUGUUCGGGUUCCUCCUGGGAUCCGCGUGUGUGCGGCUCUACGUGGACAUAGGAUACGUGGAUCUAGACAGCGUGACCAUCUCCCCUAAAGACGCCCGCUGGGUGGGCGCCUGGUGGCUGGGCUUCUUCAUCUCCACCGCGCUCCUGCUCCUCUCCGCGAUCCCCUUCUGGUUCCUGCCCCGCACCCUCCCCAAGCAGGGCCCCCCCGAGGGGGAGGGGGAGGGGGAGGGGGCCCCGACCCACCCCCACGCCAUCCAGGAGGGGCUCCUGGAGCUGGACGGGGACGUCCCCCCCAGCCCUGAGGACAGACCGGCCCCCGUCCACAAAGGGCUGCUCCAGUCCCUGAAGCAGCUGUUGGGGACUCCGGCCUACCUCCUGCUGCUCUGCUCCGGGGUGCUGCGGUUCAACGCCGUCAUCGGCCUCUUCACCUUCAAGGCCAAGUACAUCGAGCAGCAGUUUGGACAGUCCGCCUCCCGGGCCAACUUCGUGAUCGGCGCUCUGACGCUGCCGGUGUUUGCGGUGGGGAUCUUCCUCGGGGGGCUGCUGAUGAAGAGGUACCGGCUGAGCGUGUUCUCCGGCGCCCUGCUCUCCUUCGUCACCUCCGUCGUGGCCUUCCUCCUCUUCCUCCUGCUCCACCUCGGCACCAAGUGUGAACACGUGGCCGUCGCCGGACUCACCGUCUCCUACAACGGGACGGCGGGCGUGUGGAGCGGGGACGAGGCGGUGGUGGCCCCCUGUAACCAGGCCUGCUCCUGCCCCCUGGGGGCCUGGGACCCCGUGUGCUCCCAGAGCGGCAUCACCUACACCUCGCCCUGCACCGCGGGGUGCCUGGGGUCCUCGGGGAGCGGCAAGGCCACCGUCUUCCACAACUGCAGCUGCCUGUCCCACUUCUACCCAGAAGGGGGCAGCACCUCAGUGAGCCUGGGCCAGUGUCCCCGUGGCAACGACUGCGUCCGCAGCUUCACCUCCUACAUGGCCAUCUCUGUCCUUAGCUCCUUCAUAAGCGCCUUGGGAGCCAUGCCAGGCUACAUGGUUAUCAUACGAUGUAUCGCACCUGAGCUGAAGUCUCUCGCGCUCGGCAUCCAGGCAAUGGUCUACAGAGCACUGGGGGGUCUCCCGGCGCCGGUGUACUUCGGAGCGCUGAUCGACACCACCUGUCUCAAGUGGGCGUCGACCCGCUGCGGCGACCGGGGGACGUGUCGCAUGUACGACUCCAACAUGUACAGGAUGAUCUUCUUGGGUCUGAUCAAUGUCCUCAGCGGCUCCUCCCAACUCUUCCUCGUCCCGCUCCUCUUCGUCCUGAGACGGCAGUUCCGCAAGCCCCCCGGGCCCCCCCAGACCUCGCAGGGGCCCCACCCUCUGAAAGAUCUGGGGCCCCGGACCCCGCCGGCCCCCAGUCAGGGCGACCCCGCUCUGCUCCCAGCCUCGGAGGUGGACGGACGGGGGACAGGGGGCGGCGACCCGGGAGAGGAAGCCCCUCCUCCUCUGGAAGACACACCUGCUCAGAGAGCGACAGGUGAGGAGGAAGAGGAGGAGGAGGAGGAGGAGGAGGAGGAGGAGGAGGAGGAGGAGGAGGAGGAGGAGGAGCAGGAGAGGAGGAGCUCUCCUGCUCCAGGAGAAAAACAGGGGAGGAACGCAGAGGUGGCCCCGCCUCCUCUGGAAGACACACCUGCUCAGAGAGCGACAGGUGAGGAGGAAGAGGAGGUGCAGGAGGAGGAGUUGCAGCAGGAGGGGAGGAGGACUCCACCUCCUGAAAGAAGACCGGGGAGGAACGCAGAGGAAGCGAGUGACGAGGGGGAGAGGGGAGAAGGAGAGGAGGAGGAGGAGGUGCAGAAGGAGGAGGAGCUGGUCUUUGUAAAGACUAACGGGGAGCUGAAGGAAGGGAAGAGGAGGGGAGACUCUGUGACAGUGGAGGUCGAGGUCUCUGUGGGAGGCCAGUCUUAAUGGCGGACCGUGACAUCGUGAUCUAAUCCCUGAUCCACGAUCAUUAUUGUCCUUAGUAUUCUCCCUAUAACCGCUGGACAAAAUGUUUUCAUUGUUAAGGAUCCCUGUUUUCUAGUCAAUGAAAUUGUAAAGCAGGAGUGCCUGAAUAUGCCAUAUUUAUGAAGCAAAUAUUAAUAAUUGACGUGUAAAUUCAAAAGGUACAAAGGUUCUCAGCACGUUAAUGAUGCUAAAUUUAUUUAGCAUUUACUGAGUACUUUAUACUCUCUAUAACUAGAAAACGUUUUCCUUUGAGGAAUCCCUUGGACUGCUUUCAUGUAAUUAAGCAAUAAUGCACUUUCCCUGUUUGGAUUAUGAUGUCAAAAGAUUAAUUUUUUAGUGUGCAUCACUGCAAUCUAUCUGAUCUACAGAGUUGAUAUACUGUAUCUUAUUCAACUCUUGGUUUUUCUAAUUGAAUGAAUACUUUUAAUGACUUGGUUAGUGAGUAUCGUUUGUAAUGAAUCUGAUCUUAAUCCUGAAGCCCCUUUGCCUGGUCACUGUGGAAACACAACACCGCCGACACAACAGUAGGAACAAGAGAACAGACGAGUGGUUUGGUUUGGAUGAGAUGUCAGAGUGAACGAUGCCGAGGUAAGUAAUGGAGGUCCUCUCGUCUGUGUAAUGGUUUGGACGAGUGUCGGGGGAGGGGAGAUUAAUUUAUCCGCGUUAUUCAUGAGAUCACAACAAAACAAAGAGCUUCCUGAGCGGUCGGCCGUUCAUAGCAGCGGACGAUCGAGUCCCUCCCUGCUGGCUCUGCUCGUGUGGAUGACCUGCACUUACAGGUGUUGGUCGGCCCGUCGCUGUCGUAACGCUGUUAUGCAAAAAUCUAGAUGCCUUGGUAAUGAACGUCUAGGCCUAUAUAUACGUCAUUUAACAUGCAGAAAAAUGUCUGAUGUAAAAAACAAUAAACCUGCUGACUAUUAUGUAAUUAAAGACCAAUUAGCGCAUGGUUUGUUUUAUGUCAAAAU